AUGAAGAGCGAUAUCGAGCUUGGAGCAAUUGGCAAACGAUUGAAAGACCCUUUGCUGUUGCAGGAUAGGCUUAUUUCGGACGAGCAACUGGAGACGCGGUUUAAAUCAUCCAGAAGCUGCAUUACUGGACGUGAACAGCAGCGUGGCGAUCAGAGUAAGCUCUCUGCAGCCGUAAAGAAGUUCUACAAGCAACAAAACGAGAACAUCCAUGCGCUGUUGAAACCAAUCGAGGAACAUAGAAAAGAUGCGGACACUGAAAUGGAUAAUGAUUUGCUCAAGGUUCAGAUUGCUAUUCGUGGUUCCUUCAUCGCCAACAUCAUUCUGGCAAUCCUCCAGGUGUAUGCUGGUGCUGCUUCCGGUUCUCUAUCGCUUAUCGCCACCAUGGCUGAUGCUAUCUUCGAUCCCCUCAGUAAUCUGACUCUCCUCCUCGCUCACCGAACUGCAAGCAAGGCCUCAAACUCAAAAUGGCCUUCAGGCACUGCACGUAUGGAGACAGUGGGUAAUGUGACCUUCUGCUUCAUCAUGUCCGCCGUCUCUCUCGUCAUCAUUGUUGAGUCAAUCCGUGCUCUCGUUGAAGGUGGCGAUGGCGCAACCGAAGAUCUUCACGUCCCUUCCAUUAUCGCUGUUGCCAUUGCGUUUGCGACUAAGUUCACUCUCUUCUUGUACUGUUUCGGAUUCAGACAGUACUCGCAGGUUCGAAUUCUUUGGGAAGACCACCGCAAUGACCUCUUCGUCAACGGCUUUGGUCUCUUCACCUCCAUCGCUGGUUCGAAGAUCGUUUGGUGGCUCGACCCGACCGGCGCCAUUAUUAUCUCCGUUCUCGUGCUGGGGUUGUGGAUGUACACUGCAUAUCACGAGAUGCAGCUUCUCAUCGGCAUCUCCGCCGAUCCCCAAUUCCUCCAGCUCGUCACGUACAACGCCAUGACGCACGACCCCUCGGUCCUUCAGGUCGAUACUUGCCGUGCUUACCACGCUGGACCCAAGCUUGUCGUCGAGGUUGAUAUUGUCAUGGACCCAGCAGUCUCAUUGCGUGAGAGUCAUGAUGUUGCCGAGUCAUUGCAGGAGAAGUUGGAGUUGCUUCCUGAUGUGGAGCGAGCCUAUGUUCACGUCGACUUCGAAACAUCGCACAAGCCCGAACACAGGAAGGUUUUGUGA